AUGCACGCGCUCUGCACUGCACGCGUGUCGACCGACCAAGCGCGACGCGAGCGCACAUCCACUGAAGGAGGGGCGCUAUCUGGGCGCACUGGUGCGCCGCGUCCCAUCCGUGAUCAGGAGCAGGGCCGGGUGUCGUGUGGACUGGGGCGAGAGGGUAUACCGACAGAGCGCGGGCGGGGGAGAAGGGCGGACUCGGCCGGUACAGGUGCGGAGAGCAGUGGCGGUGCGGACGGGGGAGAACGUGGCGCCAGGGGCCGCCCCGACACGCUGGGUCUCCAGUCUGGCGACUUGGAUGGAUGUGGGGACCAAAACGAGGCGAGGUGGCCAUUCCGCGGUACAGUACCGCGACCUGCGGAGUGGAGAGUCGAGAGACACGGGAGCGAGCUCGUUAUUAAGGCGCGUAUGAGAGAGAUAGGAUACCGGGAGAUGUGGGACGCGCGCCCGGUGCAGCGUUGA